AACUCCCUUGAACCGGCCUUACUCUCCCCUUCAAAAACUCUCUUUCAUCUUACUAUUAUGGGAAACCUGCCGAAAAAUGAUUCUUGUAUAUCGAUUUUUCUUCAUUCCAACUUGAAAAAGACAUGAGAAAUCAACAAAUUUGACUCUUUUUUCUUUUUGGUUUCUUUUCUUGUUGAUCAUUGACUAUGGGUGGAGGAGGCGGAGGAGGGAGGGAGCUCGACACCACCCCGACAUGGGCGGUGGCGCUCGUCUGUUUAGUGAUCGUUGUCAUUUCGAUCAUAUUAGAGAAAACCAUUCAUAAAACGUCACAUGCUUUUGAAAAGAGGAGGAGAAUGGCAUUGGUUGAAGCUCUUGAGAAAAUCAAAGGAGAGCUCAUGGUGCUCGGAUUCAUAUCCCUUCUCCUCACAUUCGGGCAAAACUACAUUACUCGAGUCUGCAUUCCUGAGAAAAUCUCACGGACAAUGCUUCCAUGUGAGUUCAAGGAGUAUCCAGAGGAGGGUGCAGAUGCGGAGGCUCCUAGCCAGGAUGCGGGCCACCGGAGGAGGCUCCUCUCGUUCGAACGAAGAAUGUUGGCAGGUGGUGGUCCAUCAAAAGGUUGCGAUGAGGGAUUUGUGCCUCUGAUAUCUGUAAAUGCACUUCAUCAGCUGCACAUCUUCAUCUUCUUCUUGGCUGUGUUUCAUGUCUUCUACAGCGCUAUAACUGUGAUGCUCGGGAGGCUGAAGAUUCGAGGAUGGAAAGAUUGGGAGAGACAGAUUGCAGAGCAAACAGAUGGAUCUUCUGAUGCUGCAAGAUUCAGGCUUACACAUGAAACAUCUUUUGUCAGAAGCCAUUCAAACGCGUGGAUGCAAAAUCCCAUUAUAUUUUAUAUAGUCUGCUUUUUUCGACACAUACUGUAUUCGGUUCAGAAACCGGACUACUCCACUCUGCGUCAUGGAUUCGUAUCAGUCCAUCUGUCUCCUGGGACGAAGUUCGACUUCCAGAAAUAUAUCAAGAGAUCGUUGGAAGACGACUUCAAAGUGAUUGUAGGAAUUCCCCCGUAUUUGUGGAUGAUAUCAGUCGUGUAUCUGCUGUUGAACGUCAAAGGAGGGCAGGUGAUGUUCAUGCUGUCGAUUUUCCCCCUGCUGGUAAUCUUAGCAGUUGGCACGAAGCUCCAGUCGAUCAUAACACAGAUGGCAAUCGAGAUCCAAGAGAAACACGCCGUGGUGCAAGGCAUCCCACUUGUGCAAGUCUCUGAUAGGCAUUUCUGGUUCAGCAAUCCUAAAUUAGUCCUUCAUUUAAUCCAUCUCACUCUAUUUCAGAAUGCAUUUGAGAUCACAUACUUCAUUUGGAUAACGUAUGAAUUUGGCCUACAUUCAUGUUUCCACAAAUACUUCCUCCUUGCUGUUAUCAGAGUUUGCAUAGGGGUAGGUGUGCAGAUUGUCUGCAGCUACAUUACUCUUCCCCUCUACGCACUCGUCACACAGAUGGGAUCACACAUGAAGAAGUCCAUCUUUGAUGAGCAAACUUCCAAGGCGCUCAUGAGCUGGCACAACAAGGUGAAGAAGAAACACGAGCACGACCACAUCCCCAUUCGCACAAGGAAGCUAGGAGAGUGCGACUCAUCACCCGAGCACUCUCCAAGGCACUCAAGUGCUGGUCUAGCUGCAGGUGCAGCUGCUAUUGCUGUUGCUGAGUCGAGCAUUGAGAUGUCUGAUUCGCCUAGAGAACAGAUGACGGACAUAGAUUUGUUAACGGGGCCUUGAGAUGGGACGUUGUUGGUGUAGGAAGAUUGAUGGUUAGGAGAUAGAAGUAUAGCACAAGAAGGUUAGGACAGGCUUGGAAAUCAGUUGUUUUAGUUCAUUUUGUGCAGGUGUUAAGUAAGAAGAAAAAACAAAUAUGCUUUGUGCAUGUGUUAAGAAGAAAAAACAAACAUGCUUGUUGCAGUUGUUCGUAUGUUUGUCCAAUUCUUUUAGGUUUUAGGAAAUCACACAUCCUUUUGUGAUUUGUUGCGCAGCAGAAGACACGAUACUCCAAGAAUCUGUUGGUAAUUUAAUCGGUUGCAUUCUUGUCA